UCUAUCUCUCGCUCUCUCUCUCUCUCGCUCUCUCUCUCUUUCUCGCUCUCUCUGUCUCUAUCCCUCUCUCUCUCUCUUUCUCUCUCUCUCUAUCUCUCUCACAGUCCUCGCUCCUCUCUCACAGACACGCUGCACACCUCAUCCCUCGUGUUUACGCCUCUCCCUCUCUCUCUCUCCCUCUCUCCUCUCCCUUACAGAAUACUCUCCCUCUCUCUCUCUCCCUCUCCCUCUCUCUCUCUACGAUUUGUGAGAGAAAAAGGCGAAUUUUUAGUGAAAUAUGAAGGAUAAUUGAAUGAAAAUAUGCGUGAGACGGAAGAAGAACAAGGAGGAGAAGGAGGAAGAGGAAGAAGAAGAGGAGGAGGAGGAGGAAGAGGAAGAAAAGCUGAUAAUUGCCAAGGACGGAAAUAAGAAAAUAGAAACGAGUGAAAAGGAACAGUGAAAAUAAAACAAGGACAAAAAUAACCGAACAAACAAACAAACAAGUAAGUGAAGAAGAAGAAGAAAACGAAUAAGGAAGAAGAAAAGAAGGGGAAGAAAAAGAGGAAGAAGAGGAAGAAGGAAACUUUUUUCCCCUUAAAUACAAACCAAGUUCAACCACGGGGGGAUGUUCGCGCCCCGGGAACGCCUGCGGGAUGACCACUACCACUCCGUGUACAGGACACUGCGCCACGCCCGCCUCAACUACACCGCCCACGCCCCUCGCUUCAAGGACGAGGGGAACGUCUUCAAGCUGGUGAUGGACGUACGAGAGUUCGCUGGCGGGGAUAUCACCGUGAGAACUGCCGGAGGGACCUUAUCUGUGCGAGGAAGACUUGAGAUAGAUGAUGACGAAGGCGCUGAAGGAGGAGGAGGAAGAGGAGGAGGAGGAGGAAGAGGAGGAGGUGAUGCAGAGUCUAUUUCCUCCCGCUCCUCCUCCCGCACCCUACAUCGUCGGUUUAAUCUCCCUCCAGAGGCUGACGGAGAGAAAAUUUCCUCCUAUCUCUCCCGUGAUGGUGUUCUCACUGUCACGCUGCCCAAGAGGACCGACGUUCGCGUGAUACCAGUUCGCGUGGAGGGAGUUGAAGAAGGAACCGGGCGAGGAGGAGGAGGAGGAAGAGGAGAAAGAUCAGUGGGAGGCGCAGUAGGAGAGGGCGUGGGAGGGCGUGCAGGUACCAAGAGGCCCUCCCUGUCGCAGCCUGACCCCGGCCCUUCCCCCAGUAAGCGUCCCCAGGAGAGUUCCUUCGGGAGGGAGCGCGGCGGCGUCCCCCAGGGUAAGAGUCCUGUGAUCAACGGCACUGGGAGGACCUGGGAGCUGAACAGGGACCGGGAGAGAGACCCUGGGCGACGCAGUGGUCUGUGGGACGACGCGGAGACGACAGGGAAAGGCGAGAAGGGCGCAGCGGGAGGAGGACGCAGAAGGAACGCAGAGGGAGGAGAUAGGACGCGACGAAGGACAUCAAAAUACGAGGAGGCGAAGGAGAUCAACAUCCCUAUAGUCCUGGAGGCCACGGAGGACGCCAGCGAGGUGUCGAGGCCGCCGUUUGUGGGGCCUCGUGACGUCAGAGGGAGUGUGGGCGGCGGCGCGGGCGGGGGCGGUCUGGUGCCCUCCAACAAGCCACGUCCUGACCUUGCAGCCUCGCACCGCCGCCCCGCGCAGCCUGACAAGCCCGCCGCCAGUGUGAACGGCCCGCUGGACAUGACUGUGAACGACAAAGAGAACGUUAAGCCCCCGGAGGACAGGGAGUGGACGUACUCGGGGCUGUUCAGGCGCGGCGCGGAUGACAGCAAGGAGGCAAGAGACACCACAAGAGCUGGCGGCGUCUCAGAGUCUGGAAAGCACAAAGAAAACGCAUCUCCUUGGAGGGCUAACCUAACUAGUCCCCUGGAGCGUUCCAAGGCAGCUACUGACGCACGUUUGGACGCUUCCUCACGCCUCCCCACUGCUCCUACUGACGGAGACGCCCUCAGGGACACACAUGCACCCCUGUGGAAGCCUCGUAGCGCCACAGCCACCCCGGCAACCACCGCUACGGCCCAUAACAUUGAUGCAACUCCACGGAAACCACAAACACCAAGCAAGCCUAACCUUCCUUUCUUCAAACCAGUGAGGGUGGAGGUGACGGAGGCCGAGGAGGGGGACAGGGGCGCCGGGGAACUGAAAGGCAAGAUCAGGAACGAGGAGGAGAAGGAGAAGGAGACCCUGGAGGAGGUGAAGAUGAGAAACAACGCGGGCCACGAGAGAAAACACUUGAAACUCGAUAAUUUUCUCCCCGUACCUAAGACAGACGAAGCUCGAUGUAAGUCCCCGCUAGGAGGACGCGAGGUGAAGGUGGAGAGGCGCCAGUCGGACAUGGAGGGAGACGUGUUCAAGGACUGCUGGCAAAACUUCAGUACGACCCUUCAGGAGGUGCUGUCACGCCUUCAGGAGCUGUCUGCUGAACUAGGGCAAGGCAAGGCUGGGAAGAGCAACCCUUCUACAGCCAGUUCUUCUGCUGCUACUACCUGUCCCGCCACGCCCGUAGAGCCUCCCACGCCGCCCCCCAAGGUGCCCGCGCCCAGCCGCUCUUUCAAGGGGACCACCACGCCUCGCCCGGGGCCCCCCCAUGACGGGCGCGCGCCCCCCGCGGCCACCACGCCGCUGAGUGCGCGGCGCGGGCGUGGCAUCGAGAACCUACAGCUGGAGGGCCUAGCGCGCACCAGUGCCGCCGGCGGGGCGCGGGGCGGCAGCGUGAGUGACACCAGCGGCAGCCGCGAGGCCAGCGUGAGCGAGGCCAGCGGCAGCGAGGACGCGGAGUGCAGCAGCAGCGAGGCCAGCGCCGCCACCAGCGCCGCCACCGCAACCAGCAGCGGCAGCAGCAGCAGCAGUGCCCGGCCCGUCGCCACCAGCCAUGGCGCUGUGUUCGCCGGACACAAACAGCAGCAGCAGAGACGGGUCAAUGGGGCGGGACAUGGGGAGCGUGACUACGGGGGGCGCGCCUCGCCCAAACUCCGUCACCAGCGGCCCGUCCCCGGCCCCACGCCCUCCACGCCCUCACACGACCCUGAGGUAGACAGCAUCAUCAGCAGGGCGGAGCGCGCCCUGGCAGAAAGUAGGCGGCUGUCCGCGCCCUCCCCCCGCGCGGCCACGCCCCCGCCCCCGCCGUGAACGACCUGGGGCACGACCGUCGACCCCAACCUACCGGUCAGGCCCCGCGGGGCGGCCACUCCCCCCUACACCCUCGCCCCCAACAUUGCCACGCGCGCCUCGCCCGACACCAACUGUGUGGAGGACGACGACGACGACGACGAGGACGACGAGGACGAGGGAGAAGAAGAGGAAGAAGAAGAGGAGGAGGAAGAUGAGGAGGAGGAAGCAGUUGUGAUACAAAAGAAAGAAGAGGAGGAGAAGGAGGAAGAAGAAGAAGAA